GACAUCUCCCACUUGCUGGCUAGCACCUUUGAGGACCUGUACACUGGAGAUGUUACCGGGGUGGACAUGGAGAGAAACUGGAUCAAGUCCCGAGGAGGAGACGAUGUUUAUCAUGAGACUUUUACGGAGGAGCAAGGUAAGCUUCUUGCUGAAUAUAAGUGCCGACUGACAGAAGCUGACAUAGUAGAAGAGAACAUCAUUCAGGCCCAGGAUCAGGCAAAAGCUGAAGAAGAAAGGGCCCUAAACAUGCUGAAGGCAGAUGCGGGGGAAGAAUUCCACAAAAUGGGAUUGCCACCAGUGGCAUCCUCUUUUAGGUGGAUUGUGGGUAAUGAACUUCUCAGAAAAAAUCAUUUAACCUGCCCUGAUGAUUACAUCACUGAUAAAUUACCUGUUACUAAAGCACCAAAAGGAAAAUCAGAACCUGGCUACAUCAAAGAGACAUUUAGUUUUAAACAGCGUGUAUGUUCAGGCUCACGGGACCAGAUGCCUGCAGAGAUUGCACACCUACAGAAAAUAUCUGGUAGUCUGCCAAAUGUGUCUUUAUGCACAUUAACUCUGCCUUCAACUCCAGACUCUAGCCACCAGACUAAAAAGACAAGUAAGAAAACUAGUGCCUCGCAGAAGCUAGCCUGGAAAGAUAGUAAGUGCAAAGCAGAGGGAGAAAGUGAGCGUGCUUACCUUGCCAAACUUGAGAAAAGACAGAAUUACUUGAAGAACCCCCGCUUUUUCCCACCAAAUGCUCUUCAUGGAGGCAAAUCUCUUGUCAUUUCUCAAGAAAAGGUGGAACAAACUAUAGCCAGAAGAAAAGCAGAAGAUAAUAAAGGUGAUACCUCAUUUGUUCCUGUGUUUCUUGCCAAUCCACCUGCUGUUUUGUUUUCUGAUUAUGAAGUCGGCCAGGUUUAUGAGAUGACUAUAGAGCUACAGAACAUCACUUCAACAUGCCAUCAUGUAAGACUUAUCCCCCCCUCUACUUCAGCAUUUGCCAUUGGGCCAGGAAAAUUUCCGGGAAAGGGAGGAAUGAUUGCUCCUGGGAUGACAUGCCAGUAUACGGUCCAAUUUAUUCCUGAAUAUCUAGGAGAUUAUGAAGAUUGUAUGUUAGUGAAGACUCAAGUAUCAGAACCUCUUCUGAUCCCAAUCCAAGCUAAAAGACUACCUCCAGUGUUAACAUUGCCUCGCAUUAUAGACUGUGGUUCCUGCCUUGUUGGAGGAAUAAAAGUAAGGAUGAUUUUGUGCAGAAAUGAGGGAUUUAGCACUGGGAAGUUCUGUAUAAUGCCAAAGAAAGCCUGGCCACCUCCUAAUUUCAGGGCUGUUGCCACUGUUGGUUUUGUGAUACAAGAUCCUUUUGGGAUCCAUCCUGCUGUUUUUGAGCUAGCUCCAGGGCAGAGUACAACAGUAGAGGUAGUGUUUUUCCCUUCUUUUCCGGAAGUCUCACAGCAAACAUACACCAUUGUUUGUGACAAUUACCAAGUCAAUGAUGUUACAGUCACAGGGGUUGGACAGCUGAUAGCUCUGGAGCUUUUGUUCGUCACAGGUGGAGAAAGCAAACCUGGACCCGGUGAAGUUACUGAUGUAACAGCACAGCAUCUCAUACGAUUUGACCCCCAAAACCCACAUGCCACCGAGGAGAAGAAAUUGGUUAUAAGAAACUCUACCCACAUAGAACUUCCUUUCUACUGGCAGAUAAUAAAGCCUAAUCUGAAACCAUUAAUACCCGAAGAAACUGCAGACUUUAUGAAGCUCAAGUACAAUCGAGACACAGAGUCAGCCUUCUUCCUAAAUCCUGAGCAGGGAGUUUUGCUUCCCCAUGCUGAUCAUGAGUUUAUUCUCACUUACACUCCACAGGAGCUGAAGAAUUAUCACAGUGUGAUUCAGAUGGUACUGAGGGACAUCCCAGAAUCACCUUGUUUGGUAAAAGAGGGGAUGCUUCAAAACAUCCCAGAAUGCAAAUCAGAGGAUGUAAUAGCAUUGGAAAUAGAAGUUAAAGGAUCAACAGAACCAUUUCAUCUUCUUCUGGAACCAUACGCCAUUAUCGUCCCUGGAGAAAACUUUAUUGGUGUAAAUGUCAGAAAGACAUUUAAGAUGUGGAAUAACAGCAAAUCAUUGAUCAAGUACACAUGGGAGAAAAUCAUUCCCUGUGACAUCAUGGAAGUUGAACCUCAUACUGGCGUCAUAGAUGUGAAUAAAUUCUGUGAAUUUGAACUGGCAAUUACUGGAAGCAAACCUGGGUGCAUCAGCCAUAACCUGCAGUGUAAAAUUGAACACUGUCUAGAGCCAGUUGUACUGCAUGUUGAGGCUGCUUUUAAGGGUCCACUUCUUUGUAUUGAUGUUCCAUCGCUUCGGUUAGGUUUGAUUAAGCAGGGCGAGAGUGUGUUAAGAACCUUUGAGAUUAAAAAUCUGUGUCAGCUGCCAGCACAAUGGAGAAUGCAAGAAAGCCGGGUUUGUCUAGCUGAAAGGAAUGAAGAG